AUGGUCGUCGGAGUUUUUGGUAACUUUUUAAUUAUUUACUUGUUUUUAAGGAAACGAUCGCUUCGAACGCCUUCGAACGUAUUCAUAUUUAAUUUAGCCGUUAGCGAUUCGCUUCUACUUUUAAAAAUGCCUGUUUUUAUAAUUAAUUCCUUUUAUUUGGGUCCAGCACUUGGGAAUUUAGGUUGUUCCGCUUACGGAUUCGUCGGAGGUUUAACCGGAACCGUAUCGAUAAUGACGUUGGCAGCCAUAGCGUUCGACAGGUAUCAGGUCAUAGUUCAUCCGUUGGAAAGGAAAACGAAAGCGGCCGUUUAUUUUCAAAUAUUAUUAAUAUGGAUCUACGCCAUUUUUUUUUCGAUAAUACCACUUUUGGACGUGGGUUUGAACAAAUACGUUCCCGAGGGUUACCUCACGUCGUGUUCAUUCGAUUAUCUGACCCAAGACACGGCGAGUCGGUUGACGAUAUUCGUCUUUUUCGUGGCAGCAUGGAUCGUGCCCCUGAGCAUAAUACUGGGUAGUUACAUGGCUUUGUACAAAGUCGUUCUCAAAGCUCGGGGCACACAUUUCAACACCGUCAUGACGAGACACUGCAAAGACAUUGAAAUACAAAGGCCGGAAUUGAAAGCUGCCGUGACUGUGAUAUGCAUCGUUUGCUUGUGGACGCUCUCCUGGACUCCGUAUGCCGUUGUCGCGCUUUUAGGUAUAACCGGAAAUGAAAAAUACAUAUCUCCGAUGUCUUCGAUGAUUCCCGCGUUGUUUUGCAAAACCGCGAGUUGCAUCGAUCCGUUCGUUUAUGCCGCGACGAAUCGAAGGUUUCGUAACGAAUUGAAGAGGAAAUAUAGGAAAAGGUCGAGGUAUCAACCGAGUUUGAAAACGGAACGGAAAGAUUUUUUCACGCUGUCGGAAGAUAACAACGACAGAGGUAAAGGAAAUACUAUAAGAAUACGAGAGAAAUAA